CUGCCAUGAAGAAGCGAAUCCCAGACUCGGCUCUUUCCUCUUAAUUUCCUCUUGAUUACGGGAUGGCUGACCUCUUUAAGAGUGCCUUCGGGUAUUUAGGGUCCAAUGGCACCACUACCGACAACGACUUCGUGGGUCAGGAGGUCGAAAUCAACGGCAUUAAGCUCAGAAUAAAGAAACAAAUAGCCGAAGGUGGUUUUGCAUUUGUGUAUGUUGCACAAGAUCUCAGUAAUGGCAAAACCUAUGCCUUGAAGCGACUGCUUGGUGCAGAUCAGGUUGCCUGUGAUGCAAUUCGGCAAGAAAUAACAAUAUCAAAACAACUUUCGGGGCAUCCGCACAUUGUAGAUUUUAUUGCUGCUGCAGCCAUUGAUAAAACCCAGAGUAAAGAAAAUCGUAAUGAGUUCCUUUUGCUCAGUGAACUAUGUACAGGAGGAUCUCUUGUGGAUGCUCUUCGCCUCCUGAAUGGCAAACAGCUGUCGGUGCCACAGAUUGCCACUAUCAUGUACCAGACCACCAGAGCAGUCCAGCACAUGCAAGCGCAAAAUCCACCCAUAACUCACCGUGAUCUAAAAGUAGAAAACCUACUCAUAAGUGAAUCUGGUCAUAUCAAAUUAUGCGACUUUGGAUCUGCGAUGACAAAAAUGUAUGAAGUUGACCUUGGCUGGAGUGCAAACCAACGAGGGUUACUAGAAGAAGAGAUGGCGCAGCACACAACGCCAAUGUACCGUGCCCCAGAGAUGCUAGACACAUGGAGUAAUUACCCUAUCAAUGGACAAGCAGAUGUGUGGGCCCUGGGAUGUAUCUUGUACUAUCUUUGUUACCUCAAGCAUCCCUUUGAGGAUUCUGCUAAGUUAAGAAUUAUAAAUGGAAAUUAUGCAAUUCCCACUAAUGAUGGCAAGUACGAGUGUUUCCAUGAGCUCAUUAGAGGUACCCUGAAAGUUGACCCAAGUGAGAGAUUUAGGGUCUCCGAUAUCUUGGAGAGACUGGCAGCUAUUGGAGAAACCAAAGGAUUUAGUAUGAAAGCUCCCAUCCAGAUUGAGUGCAAGAAGAUCGAUUUGACAACACCAGUUCAUCAACCUGAGAGUAAUGGGAGACUUGGUGAGAGACGCUCUGGUGCACCCGAUCGACCUCCUGCCAGACCCCCAGCCCCGCGAUCUCCUGUUCCUCAAAGACCCCCUCAGCCCCAGAGGCCGCCUCCUCCAGGGUCUCAUCCUCAGCAUGGAGUGGUAGGCCAGUCUCAGCAGCAGACGUCUGCAGGUGGAGGUGGCUUGUUUUCAUCAAUUAAGGGCUAUUCAGGAAGUAUAUUUAAAAACAUCAAGGAUACCUCAAGCAAAGUCAUGCAGACAGUGAGCCAAUCUAUCACUAGAACAGACUUGGAUUUAUCACAUAUAACAUCUCGUGUCAUAGCAAUGUCAUAUCCAGCUGAAGGUUUGGAAUCAGCCUACAGAAACCAUGUUGAAGAUGUUAAAGCUGUUUUAGAUGGGCGUCACAUGGGCCAUUAUGUGAUCUAUAAUGUCUCUGGGCGACAGUACCACUCGACCAAGUUCAGUGCUAGAGUUGUGGAGGGCAACUGGUCAGGCAAGAAGUCAUCAACUCUAGGGGCGCUCUACAACCUCGCUUGUAGUAUUUAUGAUUAUUUAAUUAAGGAUCCCAAAAAUAUUGUUGCUGUACACUGCAUGGAUGGGAAAGCUUCAACUGCAAUGCUAGUCUGUUCCUUCCUCUUAGUAUGCCAUGCAUUUAAGAGACCAGAACAAGCAUUGAACAUGUUUGCCAUCAAGAGAAGUCCUCCAGGUCUGCAGCCCUCACAAUUCAGGUACCUUGAAUAUAUCCGAGAUCUGGUUGCUUCUCCAGCCGUGAUUCCCCAUUUCAAGCCUGUGACCAUCACAUCCAUCAUUGUCUCCCCCAUUCCACUGUUCACACAGAGAAGAGAUGGAGUGAGGCCAUAUGUAGAAGUAUGGCAAGGUGAACACAGGAUGCUCUCAACACUUCAAGAGUAUGACAAUAUGAAGUUAUACAUGCCUCAAGAUAAUAAGAUUAUUAUUCCAAUCAACAUCCAUCUCGUUGGUGACGUGUGUAUCUAUGUGUACCAUGCCCGAAGAAUGAUGGGGAAGGUGAUGGGUGUCAAGGUGGCGCAGCUGCAGUUCCAUACUGGUUUCAUUCCUGAGGAAGAUACCUCCAUUAGAUACAGUCUGCGUGAGCUGGAUGAUGUCUGUGAACCUGACCGAUACCCCGAGCGGUUUACUGUGACUGUAAACAUUUUUGUAUCGGAUGUAGACCGCGCACCCCCUCAGCCACCACCCUGGGCGGCACGACCUGCUACCUCCUUUAAGCCAAAUGUAGCUUAUUCCACUGCUAUUGAGAUGGAAGAGACGCGGGAUAAAUUUGCAAGUGCACAUGGUUCCCCAGCAACGCAGAGAAGGGACUCCUUGCCGAAGCCGGGGAUGAUUGCUUCGGGGGCUAACAAGUCUGACUUCAUGGCUACACUUAAUUGGGAUAAGGCUCAAGGAGGUACUCAGCCUGGUGAGGAUGUAGAGAUGCUAAUAUCAGAUGAAGAGGAUGAAGCUGCGACACCCCAGCCCCCUCAAAAUGUCCCUGAAGUACCUGAGCCCAAAUCCUCCUCCAAAGAAGCCAAUCUCUUGGACUGGAGUGGCGCUCCAGAGGCAGAUGUCAGUCAAGCUGCCAAAAACAUGAACCUCUUGGACAUUGCUGACACAUCUGGCAUGAAGAAAGAUCCGAGCAACUUUGACCUUCUGAGUGGCUUUGGAGGGAGUGGAAAUGAGUCCAAUGCUAGUCAUGUACCCGUAAACUCAACCAAGACUGAUAAUGCUCAAGACAAUUUGUUUGAUCCGUUUGGGACGUCUGGCAGUGGACCAGCAGAUGAGGACCUCUUUGGUCAGUUCUCGGGUCCUACCCAGCCGCAGCAGCCCGCCAACCCCUUUGGGCAGUUUGGAGGAUCGGGAAUGGGAGGCAUGGGAGCUAACCCUAUGGCUUCAGCUACUAGUCCUAUCAUGAGCAGUGGAAGUCCCAUGAUGGGGCCCAGGAUGAUGGGGGGAGCAACCAGCCCAGUGAAUCCGAUGGCUGGGGGUUUUGCCCGUCCCCCUGCCCCACCCCAACAGCAGCCUAGCAAGCCAAGCGAUCCUUUUGCUGAUCUUGGUAAUCUUGCUGGAAUGGGUGGAUGGGGAGGUUCCAAGCCUACAACACCCAUGGGAGGAACUCCAUUGGGUGGAACACCUCUGGGUGGAAGCACACCAGUGAUGGGCUCACCACAGCAUCGACCUCAGAUGGCUGGUGGUUGGCAAGGUCAGACUCCAGGUAUGAUGGGUGGUUGGCAGCAGGGCCCCCGACCACAGCAGACCCAACAGAUGCCCCAGCAGAUACCCCAGCAGAUGCCCCAGCAGAUGCCCCAGCAGAUGCCCCAGCAGAUGCCCCAGCAGAUGCCCCAGCAGAUGCCCCAGCAGAUGCCCCAGCAACCAGCUGCAGCCAAGACUCCAGCUGGAACUCCUCACCAUCAGAUGAAGUCACCCUCACAGCCAAACUAUGGGAGAGCUAAUUUUGAUGGUGCAUCUAAGAAUGCAGGAGCAUCAAAGGGAAAAGUUGGAGCAGACACCUUUGAAGAUUUGCUUGGUUCUCAAGGGUUCACUUUUAGCAGUGGCAAAGAUUCAGGCCCUAAAACCAUGGCCCAGAUGAAAAAGGUUGAACUUGCCAAGACCAUGGAUCCAGAGAAACUUAAGGUUAUGGAGUGGACAGAAGGGAAGAAGAAGAAUAUUCGGGCACUCCUCUGCUCCCUGCAUUGUAUUGUUUGGGAAGGUUCUAAGUGGAAUGAAUGUGGCAUGCACCAGCUAGUGCAACAGAAUGAUGUCAAGAAGAUGUAUCGCAAAGCCUGUCUAGCAGUGCAUCCAGACAAGCUUACCGGUAGUGAGCACGAAUCUCUUGCAAAACUCAUCUUUAUGGAACUAAACGAUGCUUAUUCGGAAUUUGAAAAUGAUCCCAAUCAGCAGCAGAUCUUCAAGUAGAGGAAAUCUUAAAUAAUAUAAGAAAAUAUAACCAGGAAAGAUGCCUUUUUUUUCUUUUCUUUCUUUAAGAUUGUGGAAUAAUACUAAAUAACCAAGAAGUUGAGGUGUGACAGAUCCAAAUAGUUGCACUGAAAAUGUGAUAUUAGAUGUCUCUUUUCUUUUUUUCCAUUUGCAACUCUGUUAUUGUUAUAUAUAUUUUAGUAAUCCUUCAUUUUGGUUUGAAGAUACUCUGAGGGUUCAUAGAGAUAAACAAAAAAUAAAAUAAGGAAACCACAAAGUAAUGUUUAUGAUAGUAUACCCCCUUCCCCAUCACCAAAAUAGAGAUAAGAUUAUAAAAAAUCUUUUGGAAACCAAUGGUGUAAAUAAGCCCUCAUAUUGUGUAUGUAAUACUAAUAUUUUUGUUUUUGCUUUGUUUUUGUUUUUUUUCUUUUUUUCUUUUUUUAGAUGCUUGCAUUUAUAACAUUUAUGAAUUUGUACUUCUUUUUUUCUAUAACUUUUUUUUUUUUGAUCUGGUAUGGUACUUCUGUCUGUUUUCCUUAAGAUAAUUUUCCUUUCAUGUCUUUUAUUAAAGAAACAAAUUUAAAGAUAGUUUUGUCCUAAUUCUAAUCCAGUUUUCAUUUAGGGUUCACAUGCAGUAGGCCUAUUGUUUGUUUUUUCUUUCUUGUUUUCCUUUCCUUUCCUUUCCUUCCUUCCUUCCUUCCUUCCUUCCUUCCUUCCUUCCUUCCUUCCUUCCUUCCUUCCUUCCUUCCUUCCUUCCUUCCUUCCU